AUGGUAUCGGCCAGAUCAAAGACAGCCUGCGAUGCCUGCCGGUAUCGCAAGGUGAAAUGCUGUCCGUCGCCCGAAGCAGUUGGCUGCUGCAUAGGCUGCGCCCAACAAGGUUUCUGGUGUACAUUCAAUCUGCCUAGGGCGCGUCGUGGCCCCAAAGGCAAGGGCAAACGAUUCGACCUACUACGGCGUCUGCAGCCGACCAGGCAUCCACCGCCUGUUCAAGAGACUCAUCCCGCUUCACCGCCGCCCGUCACUACUCGUGAAAACGCCGGCACCAGCUUAGCCUUGAGCCUGGAGCAGAGUCCUCCACUGUCGCUGUUGUCUUCUUCCAGCAGCGGUCAUGCGUUGCUGCCAUCUGACACCGCUGAACACGCUGCCUCCGAUGACUACGCUGGAAUCUUCGCAGAUCCUGCGUUAAUUCACAGACUAGCACCAGAAACGAACUGGCUUCAGGACUUCUUGACCGACCCGUCUCAGUCCGAACCGCUCUUCCAGGCUGAGGCCAGCUCACCGACUCAGAGCUGGCGCGAUGAUGAUAUGUAUGCCGCCUUUCGCCGCAUGGUCGCUAUAUAUCCUCUCAUCACUUUGGACCGAUUCAAGCGUGACUUUGAAGAACAGUACCAUUCUCAACAGUUGCAGACGUUCGUCUCCGCCCUGCGGAUCGCCAGUCAAGCCGUUGCAUACAGGGAAAACCCUCAUCAGGGUACUCAUCUCCUUCGCGAGUCUGUUCGCGAGACAUUGGACAUUCGCUCGUCCUGCGACUAUUCCGCCUCGCCGAACGUAUACUGCGUCUACGUCGCCGUCGUCUUGUUCAUCGCUCACAGUGUGCUGGACGAGCAGAAUCGAGCCCUGCUGUACCUGUCCGAGGCCGUCGCUCUGAACAGCCUUCUGCCCUCUAACGCAACCGCCGCCGAUCGCUUCUCCGCUCGUUGUGCAGAGUUGGCCAUUUUCAACACUGAGAUGGCCACCAUUCCUCUCUACGUCAGCGCACAACGUCGGUCGACCAUUCAUCGGGCGCCGGUAGUGCCCAGUUCUUUGGAAGCUCUCCUUGAGGAGGUCGGGGCUGGGGCCGACGAGAUUGUCUUAUCGGCCAGUGAGCGUCAGUCUUUGAAUGUGGUCAUCCGCCUGUCUCAAGUAUACAACGCUGCGACGGGUAUGGACGGAGCUGUGCAGAUAUUGGAACGUGUAAUUCAGGAUGACGUCGUGGAUUCAAGCUCAGCAACAGGUUAUGAUGUGGUCGAAGAUGCGGUGCGAACCCAGUUCGUCGACUGCAAAGUCACAGCUCUGUGGCAGCUGUCCAAUCUGUUCACCUCGCAUCACACUAUCUCAUCUUUAGCCAGAGAGGGCAUGAGCGUCGCAGAUAUCUUCAACGUGCUGUGCAGGCGUUCACUCGAAGCGCUGGGCUGGACACUCGCGAUCCCGGUAGGAUCGCUAAGGAUCAUCGGCCUGGCAAAACUGACUGCGAUCGCCCGAAACGUCAUGACGUUCCAUCAAUGUGCGAGCGUUUUUGGCAUCGAAAACCCCGAUUAUCAAUCUGUGGUUCUCGGAUUGGCCCAUUGUGUGAUACAGGGCGAUUACGAACAAAAGUAUUCCGACCUGUUUGCGCCGUCUUAUGCUGCACACCUCUUUAAGGAUGUGGAGAUCACGGCACUGGUCAGCGAACACGUGGAUGAGGAGGCGGUAUGA